AACUUUUUUCUGUUAGCUGGGUAAUCUCCUUUUCGUUAUGAUCUUGGAUUUUGUGUCCUUUUAUUUUCUAAGUAUAGACAUUUAUGUAAAAAAACAACUGCAACAAAUAAUUGCAUUGAUUAAAUACACAUAAUACAAAUAGUCACUCUUACAUUUAAUAAUUUUGAAUUGUUGUAUUAAAAUAAGUCUUACCAUGUUCUCUGAUAAAUUCUACAGCUGCAUAUCAAAACAAAAAUGUAUUAAUAACUAAAUGUUACUUUAUUAGUCCUGACUUUCACAUGAUUGAAAUUUCAUGAAAAUCCCCAACCGGAGCAGACAAUUAACUUUUAUUUUGUAAGAUAAGGAGCUGUGUCACAUCGAUUUUUUUUAAGUCUUUGAUAUGCCUUUGUGAGAUACAUAUAGGAAUCUUCAAAGAAAGUAAGAAAUCUUUAAUGCGCAAAUGUCUGGAAAUGUGUGUGUGCUAAUAUUAAUAAGUAUUAAUAUUAUAAUAAAAACAACAACAGUAAUAAUAAUAAUAAAUAUAAAAAUAAAAACAGCAACAACUUUCAAGCAGUUUCUAAACCUUGAAAGAAUUUGACAUUUCCAACUCAGCUUAUGUGUGAGCACGUGAGGUCAUAUGCUCAGAUGUGACACGCGCCGCGGUGUCUUUACAUUCAGAGUGGCGAAUCACAAAUCGGUUCCUGGCGUUUGCUUGACAUUUACGCAUUAUUCAAUUUUACCCCUUAAAAUGGGUGUGACCUAUGUACGAGAGGGCACGGUCACACGAAAUAAUUUGACGUGGUCGUCGACGUGCUCAAUUGGACACAGUGAUAGUGGAGAGCUCCUAUAAAUGCCACGCAGGAGUGGGACAGAAGUGAAUCUGAGCGCUUCAAUGGAAUACCAAAAGGCAGCAGAAUUGAACGGCUUAUCCAAUGGCAAAAUUGUCACAGAGUAUCUCUGCCGCAAAGGAUUCAGCGAACUGUCAGACACCAAAAAAGUCGCUGUCCAGCACAAAAACGAGACGUCCCGGAAAAAGGAGGAGGAUGAGUCGCAGUUACCGGCUUUGGAAGCGGCAUACACAACUAUACUGCAAGGUCUGGGAGAAAACACUGACCGGCAGGGUCUCCUCAAAACACCACUGCGGGCAGCCAAAGCCAUGCAGUUCCUCACCAAAGGAUACCACGAAACUAUCUAUGAUGUCCUUAAUGAUGCAAUCUUUGAUGAGGAUCAUGAAGAGAUGGUCAUUGUAAAAGAUAUUGAUAUGUUUUCUCUUUGUGAACAUCACCUAGUACCAUUUUUUGGCAAGGUUCACAUAGGAUAUCUACCGAGUAAAAAGGUUGUUGGCCUCAGUAAGCUUGCAAGAAUUGUUGAAAUCUACAGUCGCAGACUACAAGUACAAGAACGACUAACCAAGCAAAUAGCAAUGGCAAUCUCUGAAGCCCUGCAGCCUGUAGGUGUGGCCGUUGUUAUUGAGGCAGCUCACAUGUGCAUGGUCAUGCGUGGAGUGCAGAAGAUGAACAGCCGUACCGUGACCAGUGCCAUGCUGGGUGUGUUCAGAGAAGACCCAAAGGCUCGAGAGGAGUUCCUGGCCCUGACCAAAAAUUCUUAGCAAUUCACACAUUGCUGGUCUAACUCCACCAAGGUGCUUACAAGCAGACAGGUCAAUGGUUAUUCUGAAACCCUUCGUGGUGCUUAGAGAAUCUAACUGAGAGAGAACUGAUCUUUCCACCAGCUGCUGAGACAGAGUCUGUUAUUUUGUCUGCAGGUGAAACUCAGGGGUCCUCACUGUCUGCAUAUAUUAAAAGUUUAAUAUGUAAAAUGUGAUUUUUAUAAGGAUCAGUAACACUACACUGUUUAAGUCCCUGGCAUAUUGUAACACUUAAAAAACGCACAACUGCCUUAAAUUUUAACAAAUGUACAAUGCCAACAGUUACUUUUUUGUUUUGUGUUUCUGUUAUUAAUAUGAACCUUUUUUUCAGGCUGUACAAUAUAGUCAAACUACAUCUAAAAAAAAUCAUUUAACUUGUUUAUUAAAAUAUUUAACUAAUGAAUUUAAAAUACAGAAUAAAGGCAUGUUUUUAAAUAAUAAAGAAAUUGCAUUAUUUGCAUUUUAUGCUUAACCUAUGUUAAAUCAUUUGUAGUUAAAAAGUUAAAAUUAUACUAAGCCAUGACUGCAAUACUGUAUGGCAUCAUUUGUAUGUACAGUAGUUGGAAAUAACAUACACUGCUAUUGGGAUCUUUUGAUUUUUUUUAUAUAAUACAUGCAUAAACUGUGUGAUGAACUCAUUGUGAACCUCAAAUAUAUUCAAGUGCCAUUAUAAAAUACUUUUCUGCUUUCUUAAAUAAAAAAAACUGAU